GGUAAUUCAUCCCAUGAUCCUAUUCUCCAAAAUGCUAGAUAUGCUACGAUUCUAUCCUCAGAAAUAAACGGAAAACAGCGUCGUUGCGUGUUAAGAAUAUAAAAGCAGCUGUGCAUAGAGACUAUAGCGGUGGCUGUCAGAGCGAAGGACGGUUUGUUUACAAUAAACAUCACUGAUAAAUGGUCCCGUGAGCGACGGACAUCAUGAAUACUGCUGAUUUUCAGACGCAGUUAACAUCCAUCAUGGAAAUGCUGGCGAAAACAGCUGUGGUUGAAAUAGGCAAACUUUUCGAGGAGAAUUCUUUGUUGCUGCGCUUAGAGAUUUCACGAUGUACAAACGAAAACGAAUCUCUGAAAAAGAAAUGCCAUUUUCUGGAGAACGAACUUCAGUCUGCACGGAAAAGCGCUGGGAAGAUGAACGGGACAGAGGCUCCAUUUAACCAUCCGGGGCUUACAGAGACCGGACGUCGUCCCACAAUCGACAGUGUCUUCGGUAAGGAAUGGUGCAUGAACCUCUGGAGACAUGGGGAGCCAAAUAUUGGUGAGCAGGAGGACACACAUAUGGACUCUGCAUCCAUCGCAGAAGAGCCAGUGGAUCUGCUGGAUGAAGAACCAGAUAUGAUCAUGAUUAAGGAGGAGACAUUCGAAGACUGCUCUGGGAAAAAUAACUCUGAGGAAGAUGAAAGUUGCAGUUUGAGAGGACCUGCAAUGCCCAGUGAUGAAAGAUGUGUCGCCCAAAGCUCUGAUGAUUUUAUCACAUACACCGUACCUUCAGAUGACCAAGUCCAAGCGAACGUACAGCAGACACAAGCUGAGGAACAACCUCUUGAGGGAACGAUCUCUACACAUGGAGACAGUACAACAGAGCAAACUUUCCAUAGCACACACAACCACACAAGUACUUCAGAAGAAAAGAGGUUUGAGUGUGUAUUCUGUCAAAGAACUUUCAACAAACUAACCUAUCUGAAAGCACACAUGCGAACACACUCCGGAGAAAAACCUUUCGCCUGUACAGUUUGCGGUAAAAGAUUUGCUCAAAAAACGUACCUCAGAAUACACCAGCGUACUCAUUCUGGCGAGAGGCCGUACUCGUGCAUGGAGUGUGGAAAGAGCUUUGCUCAAAAGAGCUCUCUGAACGUACACCUCCGAAGCCACACUGGAGAAAAGCCAUAUAGCUGCUCCGAGUGUGGUAAAAGCUACGCGUACAAACAGGGCUUCAAUACACACCAGUGCUUCAGUUAGACUAUUACUGAAGUUGAUCUGUAUCAAAGUUGCUGUUACAGCAGAGUGCGCAUUACUCGGCAAUAUGAACCAUUAAGAAAUUGUAAGUAUGUCCAUGUUAGUCGUUCAACAGUGUUUGGAUCGUGUUAUACAGAAGCAUCUGUGCAUUGACUUCAACUUCAUUUAGGACCAUGUAGAUAUGUAUAUUCAUUCGAAACAGAGGGAUAAAAAAAACAUGCUUUAAUAAACUUGACAAAGUGAGUGAAAUCAUGCAAACCACUUUUUUAUUCAGCAUGGUUGAAAAUACACAUAGUAACUGUUUUUUGCUUACACAUGCAAUCUAGUUGACAUCUGAACUUGAACAAAUCAAACUUCUAGAAGCAUCGAACGUACUACAAACUACUGAAAUUACAGUUUCCGGAAAGAUCUGUAAAGAUCAAGUACUGUUACUGGUCGCUUUACACUAAUGGCCCAAAACUAAUGUAGCAUUAUGAUAAUGUUUUAAAAAAACAGGGACCAUAUUCACAAAAAAAUCUUUAGGCUAAAGCCUUAAUUUAGUGAUGUGUUUACCUCUGGUGGUCUUUUAUAUCUAGACUAUAUAUAUACACAAACAUUAUCAUUUAAAAGUUUGGGAUGAUUGAGAUUUUUUUCAUUUACAUUUAAGGUCAAAAGUUUACAUACACCUUGCAGAAUCUGCAAAAUGUUCAUUAUUUAACCAAAAUAA